GCCCCCACCCCCCGACCCCCCUCUCUCUCGCGGUUGUGUCACGUAAUGAAAGAGGCCUUAACUUUUAUCGGUACCAUUGUGAUUACAGGGCCGAAGGGGAGCCUUGGCGCAGUGGUAAAGCUGCUGCCUUGUGACCAUGAGGUCAUGGGUUCAAGUCCUGGAAACAGCCUCUUACAGAAAUGUAGGGAAAGGCUGCGUACUAUAGACCCAAAGUGGUCGGACCCUUCCCUGGACCCUGCGCAAGCGGGAGCUACAUGCACCAGGUUGCCCCUUUAUUGUGAUUACAGGGCCCUAUCCAGCUGAUGUCUGUGUCCGAUGAAGCACACGCAUUAGUUUCUUAUACUGACAAUAAUAAAGAAGUCAAAGUCUGGUCUUGUGAUCACCAAAAUUGCACUGUCAUUUCUACAGUCUCCCUUGCCAUGCAUACUCAGCCAAAGACAGUAGAGUGUAAAAGGAGCACAUCAUAUGAAGCCGGGGGAAUUGUUCUUGCAGUAUCAAAGAAAGGUGUGGCUUAUGUGUGGGAUUUGCAGACCCUUUCCCAAGAUCAAGUACUGCCCACCAAAAUCUCAGUAAAAAAAUCACUUGAUAAAAAGGGCCGUGUGUCAAUUAUUUUAGCUAGGUUAUGUGAUGCCGAAGAAGACAACAUAAUUAAGGUUCAUGUUGUGUUUGGAUCACUAGACUGUUUACAGUUCAAGAUUGUUGUAUUGGGUGAGAAUUGUGAGGACAUCAACUUGGUUGCGGAAUCUGAUGCAUUAGCUUCAGAAGAGCAAGAUGCAAAAGUAAAUAACAAGAUGGAUGAUGAACAAGAUCGACAGGAGAAUACAAACCUCACUCGUCAAGGAAGACCAAACAAAAGGACAGCAUCUGUUUUGGAUUCUAUCACUGACACAGUCAAGGAGGGGAAUCCAGAGUAUAAUCUAGAUGAACCAACUAUGGAGCAGAAACUCGAGAGUCUAAAUUUGCUCAAUAAGUCUGAAUUCCUUGAAGAGCAAUCAGCCUCUCUGGCGCCGCCGAGUGCGGAUUCAGUCUAUAUUUUGCUGAAGCAAGCUUUGCGUGCUGAUGAUCACGCUGAAUUGUUGAAAUGCAUGUACAAUAGAGAUGAAAAGGUCAUUGUAAAGUCAGUAUCACUCCUAACACCAGGAGAUGCUCUGAAGCUUCUCAAGUUCUUCGUGUCGUCAAUACAAUCUAGGGGUGCAAAGCUGGUUUGUUUGCUCCCGUGGCUUCAAACUUUACUUAGCCGGCACAUGAGCAGCAUCGUGUCGCAGGAGUCUUCUCUGCUGUUGCUCAAUUCACUCUAUCAGCUUAUUGAUGCAAGAACGUCGACCUUCAAAUCAGCACUUCAACUCUCUACUACCCUUGAUUACCGUUUCAGUGAGAUUGCUGAUGAAGAAACUGACGAGGAAGAGGCGGCCGCACCGAUUAUCUACGAGGACAAGGACACAGAGGACGAAGAAUCUGACAUCGAUGCUAUGGAAACCGAUGGGGAGAGUGAAGAGCUCGGCGAUUCAGAUGGAAGUGAGAGAGUAUUAUGAGCGACUGACCUGUAGACUCUUAUAGGACUGAGCUCUCAAUCAUCCUUUUCGGGUCUUGCUAAAAAAAUCAUUUGUAAAAGGUAGGAGCUCGAAAGCUCAUGGUGUAUGAGGCUGAGAUUUUCAUGGGAAACCCAGCUGGGCUUGUACUAUGUUAAGCAUCGUGUUAUGUAGCAUAAACACUCAAAUAUCUGCAAGCAUUUGAAAUGCAUUUCAUUUACGAGAUCACAACUUA